GACGGUCUGCGCCAGAUGGUCAGGAAGCACGAAACCCUGAACAGCACGCCAUGGCCCCGCGGAAUGGCUCGAUUCUCAGAAGAUCUGCCCACCCGCUAUGGAGGAGGUGCAGGCAGUGGCGGAGGGAGAGGAGGACCGGGCGCCGGCAGAGGGGGUGCCCGGGGAGGUGGCGCUCCGGGUGGCCAGAGGGUGUACAAGCAGUCGAUGGCCCAGAGAGCCCGGACAAUGGCCAUCUACAACCCGAACCCUGUCAAACAAAACUGCCUCACGGUCAACCGCUCCCUCUUCAUCUUCCGGGAGGACAACCUCAUCAGGAAGUAUGCAAAGCGAAUAACAGAGUGGCCUCCAUUUGAGUACAUGAUCCUCGCUACAAUUAUCGCCAACUGCAUCGUCUUGGCCCUGGAGCAGCAUCUGCCUGCCAGCGACAAGACACCCAUGUCAGAACGCCUGGACGACACAGAGCCCUACUUUAUUGGAAUAUUCUGUUUCGAGGCUGCCAUUAAGAUCAUCGCCCUGGGCUUUGCAUUUCACAAAGGCUCCUACCUCCGCAACGGCUGGAAUGUAAUGGACUUCGUGGUCGUCCUCACGGGAAUCCUGGCCACGGUGGGUUCGGACUUUGACCUGCGAACACUGCGAGCCGUGAGAGUGCUGAGACCCCUGAAACUUGUGUCAGGAAUCCCAAGUCUCCAGGUGGUAUUGAAGUCCAUUAUGAAAGCCAUGGUUCCUCUGCUCCAGAUCGGCCUGCUGCUUUUCUUCGCCAUCGUCAUGUUUGCCAUCAUCGGGGUGGAGUUCUACAUGGGCAAAUUCCACACCACCUGCUUCAAGAUAGAGACUGGUGAGAGAGCAGCAGACUGGCCUUGUGGUCUGGAGCCUCCUGCCAGGUUGUGUCCCAACGGGACCCAGUGCAGAGAGUACUGGACUGGACCCAACUUUGGCAUCACCAACUUUGACAACAUCCUGUUUGCCGUGCUUACUGUGUUCCAGUGCAUCACCAUGGAGGGUUGGGUGGACAUCCUCUACAGCACCAAUGAUGUAGCAGGAAACACCUGGAACUGGCUCUACUUCAUCCCUCUCAUCAUCAUCGGUUCCUUCUUCAUGCUCAACCUGGUGCUCGGUGUCCUCUCCGGAGAAUUUGCCAAAGAAAGAGAGCGUGUGGAGAAGAGGCAAGAGUUCCUGAAGCUCCGGAGGCAGCAGCAGAUCGAGAGAGAGCUCACCGGGUAUUUGGAGUGGAUCUGCAAAGCAGAGGAGGUGUUGCUGGAAGAGGAGGAUGAGAUUGCAGAGGAGAAGUCCCCGCUGGAUGGUGCGUGGUACAAAAGGAAACAAAACCUUCCAGUCCUGAAAAGAGGCAAAGUCAAGAAAGGUAAAAACGACCUGAUCGGCGCUGAGGAGGGAGAGGAUCCUUUUGCAGACAUAUCCUCUAUCCCUCCUCCUGGCUCUCCUUUUGGCCGGGCCAGCAUGAAGAGCAGCUGUAAGAUGGAUAACUCCUCUUACUUCAGGCGUAAGGAGAAGAGGACCCGCUUCUUCAUCCGCCGCAUGGUGAAAGCUCAGAGCUUCUACUGGAUCGUUCUGUGUCUGGUGGGCCUCAACACUCUGUGUGUGGCCAUAGUCCACUACGACCAGCCCGAAUGGCUCACAACGGCCCUCUACACAGCCGAGUUUGUGUUCCUGGGUUUGUUUCUGACUGAGAUGUCCUUGAAGAUGUACGGCCUCGGAGCGAGGAAUUAUUUCCACUCCUCCUUUAACUGCUUUGAUUUUGGGGUGAUUGUGGGAAGUAUUUUUGAGGUGAUCUGGGACAUGAUUAAACCAGGGGCCUCGUUUGGAAUCAGUGUGCUGAGAGCUCUGCGACUGCUCAGGAUAUUCAAAGUCACCAAAUAUUGGAACUCGUUGAGGAACCUCGUGGUGUCCCUCCUUAGUUCCAUGAAAUCCAUCAUCAGCUUGCUCUUCCUCCUCUUCCUCUUCAUCGUGGUCUUUGCUCUGCUGGGCAUGCAGCUCUUCGGAGGACAGUUCAACUUUGAAGAUGAGACGCCAACAACAAACUUUGAUACAUUCGCAGCAGCCAUCCUCACUGUUUUCCAGAUUCUGACUGGCGAGGACUGGAACGCCGUGAUGUACCACGGAAUCGAGUCCCAAGGUGGCGUUCGUCGAGGCAUGUUCUCCUCCGUCUACUUCAUCGUACUCACGCUCUUUGGAAACUACACCCUCCUGAAUGUCUUCUUGGCUAUCGCUGUCGAUAACCUCGCUAAUGCACAGGAGCUGACUAAGGAUGAAGAGGAGCAGGAGGAGGCAGCCAAUAAGAAGCUUGCCCUGCAGAAAGCUAUGGAGGUGAAAGAAGUCAGCCCGAUAUCUGCAGCCAACAUCUCAAUUUCUGCUUUUGUAAAGCAAAAUCGAGAUGAAUUCUCUCGCAGGUCGUCCAUCAACAGCAUUCAGUCACCUAAGGAGCAGCAGCGCUCAGCAAAGGCCAUGUCAGUGUGGGAGCAGAGGACCAACCAGCUACGGAGACACAACAUAAGGUCGAGCAACGAGGCUUUGUUCAACGAGCUCGACCCGGACGAGUGCCUCCAGAGGGGCUCCACCCUCCAUCUGCACCCGGACAUGAAGACUCACCUGGACCGGCCGCUGGUGGUGGAGGCCAAGAACGGGGACAAACCCAGCAGGUCUCCCGAAGGAUCGUGGGAGGAAUUUGGGGAUCCCCGGAAGGACGGGAUGGGAGACAACUUCCACACACACUCCAGGAAGCACCACCGGCACCGCGAAAGGAACGGGGAGAGCCGGGACGGAGGCGAAAGCCGGGGAGGGAGGCACCACACCCAUCACAGCCGGAGCAGAGAUCACAACACUGAAGGUGACCAGAUGAGAGAGAGGAGAGGGGAGAGCAGCCACAGCCGAGACGGAGGGCAGGGACACAGGCACCACCACCAGGCCGGCUCCCCUGAGGAGGAGGCCAGUGACUCUCGAGGAGGAGAAGAGAGGGGGCACCGCCACCAUCACUCCCAUCGUCCACCAAAAGAAGGAAACGGGCUGAUGGCAAAUGGUGCACAAGGAGAGCGCAGGGGGAGGGGCGGAGGAGGAGGGGACAGUAAUGGAGAGAGGAAGGGACGCUGCUCUCGUAUGGUCAGAGCUCAGUCCACUCUGGAUGGAGACGACUUUAAGAGGAACAAGAAUGGAACCAAAGGUCACAGGGAGAGGCAUCCUGAUUCUGAGGAAGACGGCUUUGCCUCCAGUCCUCUGCAGCCAAUGAGGAGUAGCCUGAGUCUUGGCGAAAAGCAAGAGGAUGCUGACAACCAGAAGAACUCCACCAGGGCCAGCCAGGCCGGCCUCAACAGCAACACCAUCCACAUCCCUGUCACUAUCACCGGCCCACCAGGAGAAACCACCAUCAUACCCAUGAACAAUAUUGACUGCGACAACUUUGGACUCAGUGAGGAGAAGAAAGACCUGGAGGAGGAGGAGGCAGCUAAUGGGCCUCGGCAGAUCCUUCCCUACAGCUCCAUGUUCAUCUUCGGGCAAACAAAUCCUGUGCGGCGGCUGUGUCACUACGUGGUCAACCUACGCUACUUUGAAAUGUGCAUCCUGAUGGUCAUAACCAUGAGCAGCAUCGCCCUGGCAGCCGAGGACCCAGUGCAAGCCAACGCACCGCGCAACAACGUUCUCAAGUAUCUGGACUAUGUCUUUACUGGGGUCUUCACUUUUGAGAUGGUGAUUAAGAUGAUUGACUUGGGACUGCUCCUCCAUCCUGGCGCUUAUUUCCGUGACCUCUGGAACAUUCUGGACUUCAUUGUGGUCAGCGGAGCUCUGGUUGCCUUUGCCUGCUCGAGCCUCAUGGGAUCGCAACAAAGCGUGACCAGAGGGACGAAAGGCAAGGACAUCAACACCAUCAAGUCCCUGAGGGUCCUCCGAGUCCUGCGGCCACUCAAGACCAUUAAACGGCUUCCCAAGCUGAAGGCGGUGUUCGACUGUGUUGUGAACUCUCUGAAGAACGUUCUCAACAUCCUCAUUGUCUACAUGCUCUUCAUGUUCAUCUUCGCUGUUAUCGCUGUGCAGCUCUUUAAGGGCAAAUUCUUCUACUGCACUGACGAGUCCAAGGGUCUGGAGAAAGACUGCAGGGGUCAGUUUCUGGACUACGACAGGGAUGACGUGGCCGCUCAGCCCAGAGAGUGGAAGAAGUACGAGUUCCACUACGACAAUGUUCUCUGGGCUUUCCUCACGCUAUUCACGGUGUCAACGGGGGAGGGCUGGCCACUGGUCCUGAAGCACUCAGUGGACGCCACGUAUGAGGACGAGGGCCCCAGCCCAGGCUUCCGCAUGGAGACAUCCAUCUUUUAUGUGGUCUACUUCGUGGUGUUCCCCUUCUUCUUUGUCAACAUAUUUGUGGCUUUGAUCAUCAUCACCUUCCAGGAGCAGGGAGACAAGGCCAUGUCGGAGUGUAGCCUGGAGAAGAAUGAGAGGGCUUGUAUUGACUUUGCCAUCAACGCCAAGCCACUGACGAGAUACAUGCCGGAGAAUAAGCAGUCCUUCCAGUACAGGAUGUGGAAGUUUGUGGUGUCGCCCCCGUUUGAGUACGCCAUCAUGACUUUAAUAGCUCUCAACACAGUCGUGCUGAUGAUGAAGUUCUACGGAGCUCCAGACCUUUACGAGUCCAUGCUGAAGUACUUGAACAUCAUCUUCACAGCCCUCUUCACACUGGAGUGCAUCCUUAAGAUUAUUGCCUUCGGUCCGCUGAAUUACCUGAAAGCAGCCUGGAAUGUGUUUGACUUUGUGACUGUGCUUGGAAGCAUCACAGACAUCUUGGUCACAGAGAUUAAGACGGACAAGAUGAUCAACCUGAGUUUCCUGAGGCUGUUCAGAGCAGCUCGUCUCAUCAAGCUACUGCGGCAGGGCUACACCAUCCGCAUCCUGCUGUGGACCUUUGUUCAGUCCUUCAAGGCCCUGCCGUAUGUCUGCCUGCUCAUUGCCAUGCUGUUCUUCAUCUAUGCCAUCAUUGGAAUGCAGGUGUUUGGAAACAUCGAGCUGAAUGAGGAGACGGCAAUAAACCACCACAACAACUUCCAGACUUUUUUCCAAGCCUUGACUCUUCUCUUCAGGAGUGCGACAGGCGAGGCGUGGCAUGAGAUCAUGUUAGCUUGUCUCAGUAACCGGCCGUGUGAUAGGCUCUCAGGAACCGUGGGGAAGGACUGUGGGAGUGACUUUGGUUACUUCUACUUCGUCUCCUUCAUCUUCCUCUGCUCCUUCCUGAUGUUGAACCUGUUUGUCGCUGUCAUUAUGGACAACUUUGAGUAUCUGACGAGAGACGCCUCCAUCCUUGGGCCUCAUCACCUUGACGAAUUCAUCCGCGUGUGGGCAGAGUACGACCCUGCAGCCUGUGGGAGGAUAUGCUAUCAGGAUAUGUACAAAUUGUUGCGUUUUAUCUCGCCUCCCCUGGGCCUGGGGAAGAAGUGCCCUAACAGGGUGGCUUAUAAGCGAUUGGUGAGGAUGAACAUGCCCAUAGCUGAAGACAGGACGGUGCAUUUCACCUCCACACUGAUGGCCUUGAUUCGCACAGCCCUGGAGAUCAAACUGGCAUCUGGCGUCUUGGCGCAACAUUUGUGCGACGCUGACCUGAAGAGGGAGAUAAACCGAGUCUGGCCCAGCCUGUCGCAGAAGACUGUGGACCUGCUGGUGACGCCACCUAAAUACAAUGAGCUGACUGUGGGAAAAGUCUAUGCAGCUCUAAUGAUCUUUGACUACUAUAAGCAAACUUGUGCCAAGAGACUCCAGCAGCAGCAUACAGGGGGACACCAGAGUAAACUGGGGGCGUUGUUCCGUCCUAUGCUGCCCCUCACUCACAUACAGGAAGUAGAGCCCCCGAUCUGCAGCCCCAAACAGCCUCUCCCACCUCAGCCUGAGCCAGAACCCAAGCCAGAAACACUGCCGUCUACUGCCAUUAUCUCGGUUAACAUGGACAGGAUACUAAACCAGAGGAGUGGCAUCAAACAUUCCCAGUCAGGAGAUGUCUCUCAGGCAGCACAACAGAGGCCCAAAGUACGGAGGAAACUACAGAGAGGCCAGUCAGAGGAUGUGCCAUAUUCCACCAGACCUCAGGAAUACGUUGAACUGAAGCAGGUGGAGAACAUAUCAGACACAGAGGGAUAUCCGAGCCUAGAAGGCCACUGCAGAGCGGCUUCUCUGCCACGACUCAACGCUGAGUACUACCGGAGCCACCCUCGCCACGCCCCUGGGACCCACCUGGCACCGAUCGUUGACCUCAGUCCUAUCAGGCGCUCGGCAUCCUCGCUGACGCCGCAGCACCACCAGGAGGACGGUCUAAGGGAGUAUGACCUGGAACGGCCUGGUUUGGCCCAGUCCUCAAUGGGGCCAGGCCAAGUCGAGGGCCAGGACAGAGCCCACCACCAUCACCACCACCACCGCUGCCACAGACGGAGGGACAAGGACAAAGAUAAGAAGCAGAAGUCCCUGGAUAGAGCUGGAUCAGUGCAGCCGUCCAGCACUGUUGACUCGUUCACCGACCCUUCAGCUGAGGGUUUGUCCAGAGAACGGGCGAGGGAGCGGGAUCGCAGCCGGCCUCAUGAGAGGAGGCACCACUCCUCAGCAGGAGAGAAGCAGCGCUACUACUCCUGCGAGCGUUACGGCAGCAGGGAGCAGUGUCACACCAAGUCAGCCGGGCCCAGUCGAUCCACGUCUCCGGGAGACGGACAGGACGCUGUUUUCCUCAAACAGUAUGGUAGCAGUGCGGUCAAAGCUGGCCUUGUAACGCUCCCCUCUGGUUCAAGCACUCCGGGCCGCGGUCGCAGGCAGCUCCCACAGACGCCCCUAACCCCUCGUCCUGCAGUGACCUACAAGACCACCAACUCCUCGCCUCUCCAGUCCGGUGCCAGCACCGCCGCGACGGGACACCAGACUCGCUUCAGCCGUGGCCUUUCAGAGCACGAACGCUUACACUGGGGCCACGACGAGUCCCCAAUACCGGUCACCCGCAUCGGUUCGGACCCUAAUUUAAACCGUCAGUCGCAGUUCGCCUCGCAACACACCCUCCAUGAAGAGGACUUCCAGGACACUGUGAGCAGCCACGGAGGGGGACGCUCCGCCAGAACCACUGCCUCCACCACAGCUUCAACUUCAAAUGGAACCGCCACUGCAUCUGCCACAGCGGCCAGCGCGCAGGGGAGGGCAGGGGGGGUUCCCAACGGGUACCACUUCACCCUGGGGGUCAACUCUGCAUCCGGGCCUGGGAGCCGAGGAACCGGAAGCCUCAGGGAGAGGGACGAAGAGGACUGGUGCUAACCGAGGACUGGCAGCUCGUCAGUGUUGUACAGCGCUCAUGUCAGGUCCAAGGAGCUGAUGGGAAUAGAAGCAAAGAUAUCGAGGAAAAAGCCAGUGGAAAGUGCUGUAAAAGGGGAUCAGAAAUCAUUCCAGCUUUCUAGUGUUACUCUACUUUUUUUAUACAAAAAACUUUUAAGGAAAAAAAAAACACACUGAUGACUCUUUCUAUCCCCUUUACUUGCACUGAAAUCAUAGCACCUGUGAAGACCCUUAAGUAUUUUUGCCUUGACCAUUGAAAUCAGUGAUGGAGCAGAUGAUAAACGCCAAAACCUCCUCAUUCUUUGAGUGAAACUAUGAAGUGUGUUUCAGACUGAUCUGAAUGCCACAGUCCUGGUGUUAACACGGCUGCUCACAACACUGUUUUUAUUUUUGUAUGCUUCAUUUUGUUUGUGGUGCCAUGUGGUUGAGAGAAGAGUUUCAACUUGAUCAUAUUGAUGCUUUUACCAAAUUAUCUUUUCUUCAUCAGCUUUUACUUUGGGGUAAUCACCAAAUUCUGACCAGAGCAGAUUAUUAGGAGCUAUUUAACAUUGGUCUUAAACUUCCUCCAAGUCAACUAAGGGACACAGUGAGUAAUGUGACAACAAUAAAACAAAUGGAGGGGUUAGAACUGAACUAAAGCCCAGUUUUCAUGAUCACACUUUUUGUAAAUUGUACCACAUGUACAUUUUUGGAGUGCACAUAGGGACGAGAUAACUCUUUCUGACGUUAUGUGGCUGAAUACUAAGUGCCUCGUUUUUGCAAGAUGUAUUAAGAUGCAGCCCUGUCAGAUGGACUUGAAUAUACAGUAGGGGAUAUAAGUAAUUACACGGAUGAGAAAAGGUGUAGAGAACAAAGUUUGAAUCUGGUAUAAUGAACAGAAUGCAAAAAAAAAAACUAAGACUUUUUGUACUGAAUCUUGUUGUAGGUGUGUCAGAAUUACAGAUCCAAAGUAAGCAAUGUAGUGCAUGCCGGGCUCUUGAACUUGUCAAAAAAUAGUGUCUGUACUUUUGCUUAAGGGUGUGUGGUGAGCAUUUGCCUUUCUCUUUCAAAUAUACUGCCAGCCAGUUGGUAGAAAUGGUUUCUGAAUGCAGAAAAGUGCCAUUUUUCUUUUUUUCUAAUCCACAAAUAUUCUGCCUCCUCAAGCAUACAGUGUAUAUCUCAUCUCCGCCAUAUUUGCCCAAAUUUCACGGGUUUCCUUUCUUCUUAACUCUUUCCUCUGAGAGCAGUAUUGUGUGAGGGUUUGUUGGAGAGGUUACCUGUUUGUGUAUUCACAGGUACAAUAAAGAGUUGUGUUGUUGCCGCAGACUGUUGACUUGAAAUAGGGCUAUGCAACAAGACGACACUUCAUCUGCCCCUGUAGCUUUACCCUCUGGAAUCUCCAGGUUCAGGCUUUAGUGUGACUGCGACCAAAUUUUACAUAUAUGUAUGAAGAGUUGUAAAUUGUAAAUGUAUCUUAUGAUGUACAGUUAACUGACAACACACACUG